AUGCUGGCCUUUGCCGCGACUCUGCAAGCCUCUUGGGAAGCGAUCGGGGCUAGCAUGUCUGCGGGCUUAGAGAAUGGUGGCCCUGUGGCCCUUAUCUACGGGCUGAUCUUGACAAUUAUCGGGUCGCUGGCAAUGGCUCUUUCGCUGGCCGAACUUGCAUCGAUAACCCCUGUGGCUGGAGCUCAGUACCAUUGGACUUACGAUCUUGCUCCGUGCGCUCCUCGAUUCCUGAGCUUUAUGCAAGGUAAGAUUCAUACUUCUAUCUUUGCUUGGUGGGCCAAUACCGCCACCUCGCCUUUUUUGAUUGGAACCCAAAUUAAGGCCCUUGCGGUCCAGAGCAACCCGAGCUAUAUCCCCAAGCCCUGGCAUACCACCUUGAUUAUAUGGGCGGUAUUGUUGAUCCCUUUGGCCGUGAACAUCUACGGUCGCCGUCUGCUGCCCGCCGUGGAAGUGAUCGGUGGCAUUAUUCAUAUCGUGUUUUCCCCUGCUGUCCUGAUUACUUUAGUUGUGCUGGGCCCUCGCAACUCUUCGGAGUUCGUUUGGACCUACUUUGAGAACUCCACCAGCGGCUGGCAAAAUGAUGGCGUCAUUUGGUCGAUUGGUCUCUUGACUGCAGUCUAUACAUUCAGUGGUUUCGACGGGGUGGUUCAUAUGGCAGAGGAAGUUAAGGAUGCCCGUCGGACAGUUCCCCGAUCCAUGGUCUACAGCGUCCUGAUCAAUGGCAUAGUUGCCUUGGGAUUCACCAUCGGUCUUUUGUACACCAUGGGUAGCGUAGAGGACGCUCUCAAUACUCCGACCGGCUAUCCACUCCUUGAGAUCUUGUAUGCAGCCACGAAGUCGAAUGCAGCUGCUUCGGGAAUGUUGAUGAUGUUCAUAUUGCCGGGGUUUGUGGCCUUGCUCAAUGGGCUGGCCUCGGUGACCCGGCUGACCUGGGCGUUUGCCCGCGACGAAGGUCUCCCAUUUUCCAGUUACUUUGUACAUAUCUCCUCCUGGCACAAAAUUCCCCUGCGCGCUCUUUUUCUAGUCUCAUCCAGUAUCGUGCUUCUUGCCUUGAUCAACAUCGGCUCCACUACGGCCUUCAAUGCGCUCCUGUCUCUGACAACUCUGGGCCAGUAUAUCUCUUAUCUCAUUCCCAUCACUUUCCUCCUAAUUAAGCGCAUCCGCGCACCGCAAGAAGUGCGUUGGGGCUCAUUCCGAUUGGGGCUUUGGGGGAUCCCGCUCAACAUUUUCGUCAUCAUGUACGGAAUAUACAUUAUCAUCUUCCUCCCAUUUCCCCCGAGAUACCCUGUGACAGCGAAGAACAUGAAUUAUGCUGCGCCUGUCUUUUUGGCGGUGAUUUUCUUCGCUAUUAUCGAUUGGUUUGUCCGGGGCCACAAACGCUGGCAGGGUCCCAGAAUCAAGGUGACAGCAGAUUAG